AAAUAACAAGUCUCGGUGGUUGUGACCUCCUUAUUGAGUCAACCUUACCGUCUGUGUCGACAAUGCGCCGUUUAUUAUCUUUUGUUGACUUGAAAAAAGGCUGCAUUCUCACAAGAAGCAUUUAAACCUUAUGUUUUGCUGCCUCAACGCUAGCAUUUGAUGGCUAGCAAGUCGUCAAGAAGAAACCCCGCUUAAAGUAACUAUUUGGAGUCAGUGGCGUAAUAUACUUGCCAGUGUUUUACUGCCGAAGCGCCUGCAAAAUCAGAAGCAGCAUGAAUAUUCCACACCCUGCAACGCCAAUUCCCCCUGUCCACCCCGAUGUGCUGAUGAAGUCUCUGCCCUUCUAUGACGUGCUGGACGUUCUCAUCAAGCCCUCCAGCCUUGGAGCAAGUACUACGCAGAGAUUCCACCAAGAAAAGUAUUUUAUCUUUGCCUUGACGCCACAGCAAGUUCGAGAAGUAUGCAUAUCCAGGGAUUUUCUUCCAGGCGGCAGAAGGGAUUAUAUGGUUCAAAUCCAAUUGAGGUUUUGCUUGUCAGAAACAAGUUGCCCUCAAGAAGACAAUUAUCCAAACGGUCUGUGUAUAAAAGUUAAUGGGAAACUUUUUCCUUUACCGGGUUUUGCACCACCCCCUAAAAAUGGUGUAGAACAGAAGAGACCAGGAAGACCGCUGAACAUUACCUCAUUGGUGCGACUGUCCUCUGCAGUGCCCAAUCAGAUUUCAGUUACAUGGGCACCUGAAAUUGGAAAGACCUACUCCAUGUCCGUGUACCUGGUGAGGCAGCUCACGUCACCACUUCUCCUGCAGAGGCUGAGGAUGAAGGGCAUCAGAAACCCAGACCACUCCAGAGCACUAAUUAAAGAGAAGCUGACUGCAGAUCCGGACAGCGAGGUUGCGACAACAAGCCUCAGAGUCUCCCUCAUGUGCCCGUUAGGCAAGAUGCGACUCACAGUUCCAUGCCGAGCAGUCACGUGUUCGCAUCUUCAGUGUUUCGACGCUGCCCUCUACCUGCAGAUGAAUGAAAAGAAACCGACCUGGAUCUGUCCUGUCUGUGACAAGAAGGCCGCGUAUGAGAGUCUCAUCAUUGACGGUUUAUUCCUGGAGAUCCUGAAUGACUGUUCUGAUGUGGAUGAAAUCAAGUUCCAAGAGGACGGUACCUGGUGUCCGAUGAGACCAAAGAAAGAGGCCGUGAAGGUCUCUUCUCAGUCGGUUACAAAAAUUGAGUCUCCUUUUCGACAGUCUUUGGUGGUUCCACAUUCUCCUGAGCCCAUCCCCGCUAAGAAGGCUGAUGUCAUCGAUUUGACUCUGGAGAGCUCCUCUUCCUCUGAUGAUGACGACGAGGAGGAGAGCACAGACCCUCCCCUGAAGAAACGCUGUGUUUACAUUUCUAAAAACGAGGACAUGCACGCCAAGGGAGUAUUGACGUAUCAGCCUUCCACCAUGCGCGUACCAACGGUUCAGGGACUGGACACUUCAUAUCUGACCCCGACACUUGCUGACUAUGCAGUCCCCUUCCACCCAUCCACCCUCGCUACCAUCCCCACAGACAUGCAGAGCCUGGAUUUAUUUUCUCUAAUUCAAGCCGACCCUCAGCAUUACAGGCCACAGAUGUUUCUGGAAAACCUGACCAGUACCAUGCAGAGCGUGUCUUCUCCCAGCACCAGCUCCACCCUGGUUUCCUCCUCCAGCAGCCGCUACGACACCAGCGCCCGCACAGCCCACCCCAUCCACGACACCACCCGCGUCGUCACGGGCGCAGCAAACGCUGACAACAGUAUAUCUGAUAUUAUUUCACUAGACUGACUUUUUACUCGACCUUUAACUCGAGGUCUGUUUUCUGUGGCCUUUUGUAGCCGAGACACAAAAACAGUACAUUUGACUUUUUCUGCCUUUUUAUAAACUUAUUUGUAAACUUUUUAAAAUCCCUGGCGGGACACACUUCCGGGCUAGCUUCCGUGCCCAGCCAGGGUUGCGACAGGAACGGCAUCUGGUGUCAAAAAUAAGCCCGAAGCCUUCAUGCUGUGAGAAGCUGAGUAUGGGGGAGGAGGGGGAAAAAAAAAUAAAUGACGCAAAUAUUUUUAAACUUCUUUUCUGUCACCUCGCCCGCCAAGGACCACAUCAACUGAGGACACAUACAUCGAUUUCAAACUAAUUUAUUUUUCCACUACAUGAUCAUGUUUUUAAUGUGUAUUUUAUGUUCAAUUUCAUUUUUCAAUAAAAAUGUUAACACUUUAAACUGUCACACUACUAGAACAGUCACACAUUCUGACAUUUUAGCUGCAAAAAGACGAAUAUAAGGCAUCAUAUCAAAUUUAAAUAUAGUAUAUCUAAAUGGGUCAACAACACUUUGAUACAAUGUAAGCUUGUAGAACUGUAACUUUACGGUCCUCUCACAAAUUGACACACAACCAUCCAUGUCUAAACGGCUUGCAACAAAAGUGAGUACAAAAUUUUGCCGCGUUCACUCGAACAUCACAGCUUGCCUCUGGAAUAUUCUUUUGGGCCUCCAUGACAUUAUGAUGGAACUGGUGCAUGUUAUUAUACACCUUGCACAACAUCUUCUUUAGCAAGGCAGUAGGUCUUUACGCUCAAAAAGGUUGGUGACCACUGUCCAAGGAGGUUUUAAGUAGAACGUCAAAAUGCAAAAAAAAAAAAAAAAAAAAAAAAUUUUUUUUUUACAGUUUAACAUAAAAGUGUACUCAUUUUUGGUCUACGUGUUUUAGAUAUUGAGUGUUGUGUGUUGAGUUAUUUUUACAUACGGUACAUUUUACACUUACCCAAGCACAACACAGACAACAUUGUAUCAAAGUGUUGUUUCUUUUGUGUUAUACCAUGAAAAGAUACUUUCGUGAAGUACGGGCAUUUUACCUGUGCAAGAGGAGACAGAAUUCGAUUCUCCGCUUGGCCAUCUCCAUUGUGUGGAGUUUGCAUGUUCUCCCCGUGCAUGCGUGGGUUUUCUCCGGGUACUCCGGUUUCCUCCCACAUUCCAAAAAAACAUGCUAGGUUAAUUAGCCACUCCAAAUUGUCCAUAGGUAUGAAUGUGAGUGUGAAUGGUUGUUUGUCUAUAUGUGCCCUGUGAUUGGCUGGACACCAGUCCAGGGUGUAGAAUAGAAGAUGGAUGGAUGGAUGGGGAGACAGGACCUCCUCAAAAGCCUGGAAAGUUUUGAUUCAAACAUUGCAGUAAAUGCAACUAGUUUUAUUCACACUGGAAAGUAGAAAGUACUUGUUUCUCUGUCUUAAGGUCCCUUAAUAUCUUUUCUGUUUUGUUCCCGAGUAAUUGUAGUAAUAGUUUAGUUUUUUUCACCCUAUGUUCAUCUCUUCUUUUAUGUUCUAUUUAAGUUUAGGAAAUACAUUCUUAUAUAUAAAGUGGUAUAAAAAAGGAAAACUUUUUCAUUGAUAAUUCUUGAUAAGUAUCCUGUAUAAAUCGCUAGUUGUUUGGAUCAGCCAUUUUAAUUAAAUAUAUCAUAUAUCAAACAAACACAGUGAUGAAGUUUAUAGGAGUUACAGAAAUUGCGCGAUAAUUAUUUAAACAAAAGUAAACAGGUGCCUAAAUUUGGGCGCCAUUGUUGGUUUAUUGAUUUGAAUACCUUUAACACUAAUUUAAGGCGGCUUCACUUCUCAGCUAUCACUGUGUUGGUCUGCUAUAUGAUAUAUUUAAGUGACAUGGCUGAUCCCAACAAGCAAUGAUUUAUAAAGGACAAUCUUGAAAAUGAUCAGGGGUGGCCAAACUUUUUCAUACCGCUGAAUAUAUAUAUAUAUUUGUCACAGUAAAUAGCAUUUUUAAUGUCCACCCAACUCAGCAUAUUUUAGCAAAACACAUUGAAUCUAUUCUAUGAAACCAGGUGAGUUACAUUUUUGCAAUGGUGGACUUGUUGAUGCAAGUGUUUUUAUACUCUCUGCACUUCUUUUUUUUUUUUUUUUUUUUUACUCUUUUUGUACAGGGAGGUAUUGGCAUUUCUCUAUCGGUUCAUACAGUCUUUCUAAAGUAUGGACAAAAAUGCAUAUAUUGUAUGAUUAUUAAAGAUAAACAGUUUAAUAUAUAAUAGUAAAUAAUAUCAAUUAUGUUAUUCAUUUAAAUCAUUUUUAAUUGUACAGUAAUGUACAGUAAUCACAUUGUGCUUUGAAUUUCACAGUUUUGUUCUAAAAUAUAUUAUAAAUCAGUCUGUUUUUUUUCUUCAAUCCAUAAAAUAUGCAUAUUUAAGCAAGUGUAUCAAUAAUAAAUUUGCCCCGAAUAAGCAUUUUCAAGCAUAGAAAUCUCUGAAUGAAAGUGAAUUCUCAAAUGUAUGAUGAUAUGUUGUAUUCCACUUAGGUCACUAGGUUUCGGUCAUGUUACUGUAACGUUGGGUUGAGACACACAAGCACCAGACUUGGUCGUCAGAAAACAACAGGCUUGUAUUUCCCAUUUGAAUGUUCUCAAAACCAGGUACGGGUCCCUGUCGCUAAGCUAAGCUCAACUUUGAACCCCAUAUGUUAUUUACCAUCUGCACUCCAUUUAGCUCACUUAGCAUUGGAACACGUUUACAGCGACACACACAAGCACCAGUCUUAAAAAUGAUGUCAUAUAUAUGUCUUAUUUUCUCUUUUUAUGUCUACUGCAUUGGGUAAUGGGAGUGUGAAGUCGACUAUAGGGGUGUUAUUUAAUCUCUAGAGGGCUCUAAUAAUGUUAAAAACAUGAUUUCUAUGCUCCAACUGUGAAAAUAUUCCAAAUCUAUAUCAGGAAUCCUAGUUGUAGAUGUAUUUUCUGCAGGAUGUUCAGACUUUAGGGAAACCUGUUUGUGUUAAUGAGAGCAAUAAUGAUUGAAAAAGUGAAAAUCAAAAAUGUAGUAAAUCCAAAUGUUGACAUUUUCUUGUUUCUGUGUCAAAAAAAUCCAAUACUGUAUUGACCCAAAUAUUAGAAAACUGGGGAAAAAAAAGGUGAAGCGAUACUACAGUAUAUAUCAGGGGUGGGCAAACUUUUUGACUCGCGGGCUGCAUUAAUUUAACAAAAUUGACGGGGGGGGAUU